GUUGACUGGCUUUUGUUUCCUUAAGAAAAUUCCAACAACUACAUUUCCCAUAAGGCGUUGGGGUUUUCUACGUCAUAUGUGUGCGCUGAGCUGAGGUGGCGUUAGAGAAGGGAGGUUGUGUCCCGGCUGCUCACCUGAUAUUUCUGCCGCUCUCAUCAUGACGAAACUUCUGGAGUGGCUGUUCGGUGCGUCGCUGGUGGGCGCAGUCUGGGCUCUGGUCUCCUUCGACCUGUUGGACCUGAGCCUGCCGCAGACCUACAGAGAGGUUGCCUGGCCUAUGCCUCUUUAUCUGCUGGUUUCAUUUGGCUGCUACUCCCUGGCCACGGUGGGAUACAGGGUGGCCACUUUCAAUGACUGUGACGAGGCAGCAAAAGAGCUGCAGGAGCAGAUAAAGGAAGCCAAAGAGGACUUGAGGAAGAAGGGCUUAAAGAUGUAGAACUCCACAAAGACUAUGUAGAAACUCUUAAGACACUGAAAAGGGAUACACGGACCUCCAGUCAUAACCAAAUGUUUCCAGUUGUGAUGCCUGAAUUUCUCAAACAUGUUUGUUUCCUGUUCAAAAUAUAUGGGAUGAGACUGAUCUCUGAUUGUACACCCUCAUUAGAAAUAAUGUGAACAUCAAUCAAAACAUCACUCUUGUUAGUUUUCUGUCUUUUGGGUUAGAUAUUGAUCAACUAAGCUUCUGGGAAUUAGAAAUGUACAGCCCAAUGGGAUGAUUUUGUAGGUUAUGAAUAAUUGACAUCAGUUUCAAAUCUUAACGGUGAUCAGGCUCACGUCCAAAGACACCCAUUGUAAACAAUCUAAAUACUUUCACACUAAAGUUGCAGGUAGUUUUACUCAUUUGUACACAUUAAACCAGAUAAAACAAAGGAUCCUGUGUUUGGUUACACAUUUAUAUACUCUCAAGAAUCACUUAUAUGCAAGAUUAUCAUCUAUAAAUGGUUGCAUCUCAUUGAAAUACCAACAAGUAAAACCAAAAGGUAACUGGAAGAAUCAAACAGGAGACUGUCUCAGUCAGUAAUUGUCAGAUGCUUUCAAUCUGUGUCAACGAGAAGUAAAACUACACAGUGUGAACUCUGUUGUGUGUCUGGAGAUCUUAGCUUGUCAGAAUAAUUGGACUAGAUUUAAUCUGUAAAGUUGUACAUUCCAAUUUCAGAAAUGUGCCCUGUGGCUAUAGCUGGGACUUUAUUAAAUCUGAGUGUAUUUUCCUCA